GCCUAAUAUGGCGGAGUGGUCACGUGACGUCGGAAAAUGAGAUGAAAGGUAUCGAGUGCACCGAGUGCAUCUACUAAUUAUACCGGUUGAUUGGCCUUCGUAGCAAAUUGGAAGCAGGGAAUUCGUGUAAUUGUAAUGCACAUAUUCGCGAACUUUUCAUUAAGAUGGACUAUACAGAAAAGUCUGAUGAUAAUGACCUUAUUAAGUGCUUAAAGCAAGAAGCCGCAAGAUGGGCAUGUAUUCUCGGCGAAUCUCGAUGUCUAAGUAAUGCCGUUUCUAAAUUGACAUGGCAUAUUGAUAAUCCUACAGAAAAUAAGCUUUUGCCAUGGUGGAAAGAAUGGACAUUUUGUAACGGUCUUAUGGGAUCUAAUUCGACGCAGCUCUGGCAAUCAGUGUGGAAUAUAUUGAAAGAAAGUUCUGAUAACAAAUUUUUAACAUUCUUGUCUCGUUCUCCAUGUGUAAUCUACAAUUUAGCACAGUUAGAAGAUAUAAGACGCAAGAUUAUAAUAAGAAUAUAACCAUACAAGAGAA